GCACCAAGCAGACAGCAGGGUUACACAUGAGAAGUCUCAGAAGGAAUUAAAACUGAGCACAGGGAGGGAGCAGAGGAGGGCAGGAACAGGUAAAGUUGGUCGGGGUAGGUUUCAGUCUUACACAUCCCGACUAAUUGCCAGGUUUUCGUUUCCUCGGCGUGGUGAGAGAAAACAAACAGAAGGCAAGAAAGUCAGCAAACAAAAAGAAACCACGGGACUAGAAAGCAGAAGUGACAAGGCGAGGGGGGGGGGGAGGCAGCGGUUGAACGGUCACACAUAAAGUGAGGAAGAGAGAGAGAAGAAGGAGGGACGAGGAGGGUGAGCAGUGCAGCGUGCAGUGGUAGCGUAAGAAAACAAGAGGAGACUCAUUGACAGGCAGGACGGACUUAAAGCCACGGACUGCUGACAUCGGCAAAAACAAAGGAAGAGGAGCAUCAGGGAAGAGGUCACUGGCGUCCAGCAGCGGUGGAGCUCGCCUGUGGGCGUCUGCUAUGCAACCGAGACAAGGGAGAUAGACAGAUUCAAGCUCAGGCAAAGUUCAGCCAGGCAGACCUCACUCUAACAGUACCAUGUUGGUGAAAGAGUACCGCAUAUGUAUGCCACUGACUGUGGAUGAGUACAAGAUCGGGCAGCUGUAUAUGAUCAGCAAGCACUGCUGUGAGCAGAGCGGUGGGGGAGAAGGCGUGGAAGUGGUGAGAAAUGAGUCAAACGUUCACCCUCAGCACGGCACGGGACAGGUGACCGAGAAGCGGAUCUACCUCAGCAGUAAACUGCCUUCCUGGGUGCAAGCGUUUGUCCCGCGAAUCUUCUACGUGACGGAAAAGGCCUGGAACUUCUACCCGUACACCAUCACAGAGUACUCACUAUCGUUCCUCCCCAAGUUCAGCAUCCGCAUUGAGACGAGAUUCGAGAACAACAACGGCGAUAACGACAACGUGUUUGGGGACACGCCGACCCCAGCGGAGAGUGUGAGUUUCCUGGAUAUCCUGAGUGACCCCAUCCCUGAAAAGCACUACAAAGAGGAGGAGGACCUGAGUCGCUGGCAGUCAAAUAAAACUGGCAGAGGGCCUCUGGAGGAGAGCUGGAGAGACGACCACAAGCCCAUCAUGUGCUCCUACAAGAAGGUGCAGUGCAGCUUUGAGGUCUACGGCUUUCAGACCAGGACUGAGGAGUUCAUACACAGAAACAUCAGAGACAUUCUUCUGGUCGGCCACAGGCAGGCGGUAGCAUGGGUAGACGAAUGGCACGGGCUGAGUUUGGAUGAGGUGAGAGAGUACGAGCAGAUGAUGCAGGAGAAGACCAACAGCAAAGUCAAAUCCAGCCAGAACAACCCAGGGCCACCAGCAGCCUCUCGUCCUCCGUUCUCUCGCUCCAUCUCGGUGACAGAUGAGCGCUCCCUGAAGAAGAUGGGAGUGAAGACUGUGUCCAUGCCUGACCCGUCAGAGUCCUCAGUGCCACACUGCCCCAUGCGCCUGCACUCCACCCCUGAAUGAUGCUACACACAUGGCUACGCACACAGCUCCUCAAACACACACACACACACACACACACACACAGAUCGAGCACUCUGUACAAUUCAAACAUACAGAAACCCACAGUCAGCACUUACCAGAGUCAUGUUACUUCUCAAAUACAAACAGUCGCAGAGAGGCAUGAUCCGUAAAGGACCAGCCCAACAUUUGGGGUGAAGAGCUUGUUUGUUUAGAUGAGCAGAUCAUUGCCACUUAAUAUAAACCUACAGCCAGCAACUGGUUAGCUUAGCUUAACAGGGGGGGAGACUGUCGCACAGCCAUUGCAUUGGCAUCUCCACAACGCUGUGUCAGCAUUAGAGGAGGGUCUGGCUGCAGCCAUUAUCAUUCUGCUAUAGGGGAAAAAACACUCUGGCUUGUUUUUAUUCCUUGAAACCAAUUACUCGCCUUCUUGGGGGGGGGGGGGGAGAGAGCUUAUAAGCUCAGGAUGGAGUAACAGUUGGAGCCCUUAUAAGAAAAUGGUUAAUUCCCUGCAAGGAAGACGAAAAGGAAAAAUCAGUAAACGACGUGCGAUUGCCAAUUGUUCUCAGAACUCGCCAUCUUCAGUCAGUAGGUUUGCAGCUCAGUUUCUCAAACCAAGUACAUGUUGGAAAAUUUCACACAGAAACACAGCUGGUAAAUCAGAUUCAUUCACACAGUAUUCAGCAAACAGCACCUUUAAAACUCACAAAUUAAUACGAAUCAAUGAAAUGCUUUACAGGGAGGGGGGGGCGGGGUGAUGUGAUGUACUGCAUUUUUCUUAUAUCACUGUAAAACGACCAAUUUUUUAUAAUCAGAUCAUGAAAUAUUAUAUGUAAAUAAGUGAUUUUUUUACAUGUGGUGGUUGGUGGACGUCUGAACCAUUUUUACAGAGCCAGUUUUGCAGUUUCUUUGAGAUUGAAUCAGCGCUUUUCCCAAAAUUGCCUUUUGCAGUUCACAGGAAUAUGUAUCCGCUCUUACGCACAUCUUGCAGUUCUCAUCACUUAAUGUAAAAACCACAUGAACACAACAGAGAAACUAUUUCCCCCCCACGCCUUCUACAGUUGUCUUCCAGUCUUUCUCAAUAAUUUCCUCAGCCCUAGUGGAGCUCACCAGCCACCAGCAGGGCUCUCCGAUUGUUUUCCCAGCGCCCAGCCUGUGGCCUACAGACAGAUGCAUAAGGAGUUUAAUAGAGUGGAUCUAAUGAGAGAGAGCGGAGGAGAAGGGGGAGGCUGUCAAUGCUAUGGAUCUGCUCCCCUCUCCACCUUAGCCAAUAGGUCAGACCGGGGGUAUUGACAGAGGGCGGCGAGGCGUUGUAUUGGUUCCUUGAUCGCUUAGCUGAGACCUGCAAAUGGGUCAAGCCGGGACUAAACUUCAAUUAUGAGUCAAUGAUGUGAGCAUUCUUAAGACGAUUAGCUUUUUUCUGUAUAUGUAUAUUUAGAAGCUGUCAGGGAUCAACAACUGCAACGCUGUAAGAAAAUACUAUUCCGAUGCCUUAUAUGUGAAAUAUUCACUUUAAAUGAUGAGCCAAGACGAAUCAAGUAGAAUUUGUACAUGAAAAUUACCCUGUAUAUUCUUUUAUAAAUGAUUUCUAUCAAUAAAUACAUUUGAUUUUCAA